ACCACACUGCAAAGAGAGCGACAUUUACUUUAAAAAGUGAUUUACAGACAUCAAGAGUGAAACAAACAAAAAGACCCAGUGCUGCUUAACUGGACUAGAGCUAAUUUGAGAACUCACAGGUUGUUUUUUCUUUCUUACUUUAUAAAUCUGCCUCUGGACACGGUGAUACAUAGUCUACUGUCUCCUGUGGACCUACCUGCUGUGAUGGGCCGGACGAACAGCGGGCAGUGUGGGGGUGCCAAGAGCGCAAGAGGAGGUCUGGACGCAUAGGCCAAGUGGUGAAAUAGAGCUGAGACUGCCUCAUGAGUUGGGCCUCUUCUGUGUUUUGGUCCCCACCCCCAUCCUCCCAGCGUCAGUGGGAUGUCCCAGGUGUGUCUCCUCUUGGCCUUGCUCAUGCUCUGCAGCUGCAAAAAGGUCUGCUCUGCUAACUCUCUUGAGCUUGUGAAGGAGCAGUGGAGCAGCUACAAGAACCAGUGCCUUGACCACCUCGGUGCCACGCCCCCUGCAACAGGGCUGGUGUGUAACAGAACCUUUGAUUUGUAUGCUUGCUGGCCUGAUGGACUUCCAGGAACCACUGUAAAUGUCUCCUGCCCAUGGUUCCUGCCAUGGUACCAUAAAGUUCAGGAUGGUCUGGUUUACAGAUUCUGCAGUGAAGAUGGCAAAUGGGCACAGAAGAAUACCAGUGAAUGUGAGGACGACCCUGGUGAGCAGCAGUAUGGCCGCAUCCUCAAUCAGUUGCGGAUCAUGUACACAGUGGGUUACUCUCUCUCACUGGGGGCUUUGCUGCUGGCACUGGGAAUUCUCAUCUUCUUCAGGAAGCUCCACUGUAUGAGAAACAACAUCCACAUGAACCUGUUUGCCUCAUUCAUCCUGAGAGCUGUGUCCAUUCUGGUUAAAGAUGCUUUACUGACCCUCACACUGGAUCCGAGAAGCAACAGUGACUCACAGGCACGAAGCUGGGUCAACAUACCGGCUGUGAUGUGGUGUCGUGGUGCCAUGGUGAUGAUGCAGUACAGUGUAAUGGCCAACAACUAUUGGCUUCUGGUGGAAGGCAUCUAUCUUCAUAGCCUCUUAGUCAUCACUGUAUUCAGCGAGAGGAAGUACUUCUACAUUUACCUGGCCAUUGGUUGGGGUGCACCUCUCAUAUUUGUGUUGCCAUGGAUCGCAGUGAAAUACCUGUAUGAGAAUGAAGAGUGCUGGGAGAGGAAUAUUAACAUGGGAUAUUGGUGGAUUAUCCGAUCUCCUAUACUUUUUGCUUAUCUGAUUAACUUCUUCAUAUUUAUCCGUAUUAUUAAAAUCUUAAUGUCUAAACUUAGAGCUCACCAGAUGAGAUACACUGACUACAAGUUCAGACUGGCAAAAUCUACCCUGACUCUCAUUCCCCUGCUUGGGAUUCAUGCCAUCCUCUUCACCUUUGUCAUUGAUGAAUCUGUUCCUAAAGGCUCUGUUCUGCGCCUCGUUCGCCUCUUCUGUGAUCUCCUGUUCAACUCCUUCCAGGGCCUGCUGGUUGCCAUCCUGUACUGCUUUGUCAAUAAAGAGGUGCAGUCGGAGAUGCUGAAAAAGUGGAAGAGGUGGAAACUGGGUAAGGACAUUGAUGAGGAGUACCGCCACACACACAGCCAAACGCCACAUGUUAAAAGCGGCAGUAUCGCCACUGGCAAUGUGCCCAACACCGGUGACCCAAAUGCUGACUGGCCUCGCUUCAACAAAGCCAACAGCGGCCCGGUUUGCUCCGCUGCAACUGAGGAGAACCGCAAACUCGUUGUCUCCUUUAGCAACGGGACAGGGAAAUGCAGACCUGCCAAAAGCAGGCACACCCUGCACUUCUCUUUCCAAUCGCACAGAGGCGCCACCAGCAGCACUGCCACAGAGGAUGUGUGUCUGGAAGAGCGCGUGAAGUACCGCUCAUAUACUCUGGAAGGAGAGGAAACUAAUGUUUGACUUCCCUGGGACCUCAUCGCAAAAACUCUCACUGAUUGCGCUUCUUGUUUCGGAUCCGUGCUUAUCAUGUGGCAGUUGUAUAGCUUGAGCAGGAAGAGGAUGAGGAAGUAACAAACAGGGAUCAUGAUGUUCACCGAUUCAGAACAUUGCAGGAAAUACCUUUGAGUCCUGCCCAGCUGCAAAUGAGUAUUUACUGCUUCUGGGAGAUGGAGGAAAAAACACUUAUUGACUUCAGACAUUAGGAAUGAUCAAAUAAAUUAAAACUUCACUGGCAUUCAGUGUGCGUACGUGUGUCUGCCUGUAGACAUAUGGAGGACAGCUAUUUCAACACCAACCCUUCUCACAUCUUAUCCGGUGUAACCAUUGUGGGACAUGCUUGUGUCGUGUGUGUUUGCAGCAGUUGGCACCAAUCUGUGGUACAGAAGAACCUCUUGGUGUCAAAGUAUGAUUUUAUUUAAACUUUUGGUUCGAUGGAAAUGAAUGUGAAUUGCACCAUGAGAGACUCUUGAUGUCUGAGUGGUCAGGAAUUGCAAUUUACUGGAGACCUCUCUAUCUUAUCAUGCUGUGAUAAGAGUCAGUGUUUGCUAUGCUGAGGCAGGCACACAGAAUAUGGACUCUUUCACCUUUAGAAGGAACAUGAUACAAAGUUUAACUUAUUCUGGUUUUAACAAGCCAAAGCCAAACAAGAAAAUAAUAAUAUAUCACAGGUUUGUUAUUGACUGCAUAAAGCACUAAAUCCAUAUUUUUA